CAGAGUCCCGGUGUGAGGCUCCCUCCAGUCCCGCCUUCUGACCAGAUGUCUGGGUUCGACCUCGUCCCGGUGGACGGCGGGGAUCCGAUCCACCUGCCGCCGGGGGAGACGGUGCUGGGCCGGGGCCCCCUGCUGGGAACGACCUCCUCCAGAUAAACCUGAGGAACGUCUGAGUGUUAACUAACUGCAGCUCCUCCUCUGAACCACUGGAGGACGCUGUCACACUGAGAACAUGCAGACAGCUGGACCGGAUUUGUUUUCGGGGGGCCGAGAAUAUCCACAGCAAGUUUUUCAGAUCCUUCUGUGAUCCUGUGAAAGAAAAAAAAUGCUGGUCAGUGAUAAGAGAGUGUCCCGGCAUCACGGGCUGCUGGAGAACCUGGACGGACGGCUGCGUCUCAAACCGACACACCUGAACCCGUGCUUUUUCCAGUCGUCGCCGACCGACGACCCUCGACCUCUGCAGAAAGAUUCCUGGUGCCCUCUUCGUCAUGGAGAUUUGUUCUCUCUGCUGCCGGGGCAGCACGUCUACAAGGUGGUGGCCGUGGGCGGAGAAGACGGCACUCCCAGAAACAGUCAGAUGUUUGAAGAAGAAGAGGAAGAAGAAGAAGAAGAGCUUCCUGUUUCUCCCAAGCCAGAAGUGGAGCCACCCUCUCCUGUUGGACCGGACCGUGGACUGACUCCCCCUCAUCAGGAGGCCACACUAGCCGCUGUAUCGAAGCAGGAGGAGGCCGACAGUCCUGACAGAACUUUAAACAAGGGAAACUCUGCACAACCAAAAGAGGCGGGGCAUCACCGGAGUGUCGUCACGCCGCCUGCACCAAAGAGAAGAGUUUUACCAGCCUGGAUGAUGGCGGCUGUCGCAGCUCCAAGCGCUUCCUCUUCUAGCCCGAAAGUUCAGUCUGCUGUGAAGGGAAGUAAACGGCCGGCAGCGGCGCCGACAAGCACAAAGCGAGCGGCUGGCAAACAGGCCAAGACCUCCUCACCUGACGAGGAGGAGGAGGAGGAGGAGGAGAAGCCAAAGAAGAGGAGAAGGAUGAUCAGUGAUGAAGAAGAUGCAGCUCCAUCUAAAACGGAUGUUCCUUCAGUCCGGCUGCAGAGUAAAUCCAGCAGGUGUGAUGUGAGCGACGAGUCUGAGACGAUGGAGGUGGGCGAGGAGAGAAGCGGUGGAGAGUCAUCUACAGCUGCCGUCAACGCCUCGACACGGACGCAUGAAGCCUGUCAACCUGAGAAUCACGACAAGAAGGUGAAAAACGGACGACAAACCACCGGACAAGUGGAGUCUGUCGGGUCGAACGGUGGCUCCUCGUCUGGACCCGCUCUGUCCAAACCUCGACUCAGAACGCCGUGUCCGUACGGGAAGGACUGCUACAGGAAGAACCCGAUCCAUUUCCAGGAGUGCUGUCACCCCGGUGACACCGACUACGAGGAGGAGGAGGAGGAGGAGGAGGAAGAGGAGGCAGACCGACCCGAGUGCCCCUACGGCACCGACUGCUACAGGAAAAAUCCUCUUCACAGGAAAGAAUUCAAACACACAGAGAAACCAGCCUCCACCAGACGUACCACCCAGAAAAAGACCCCCGCUAACGAUGAAGAUGAAGAUGAAUACGAGGACAGCUUCAUCGAUGACGACAGCGAGGACGCAGGCGAUGACUCAGACUACGCCCCUCCUGACUCAGAGGACAGCGGGAAGGAGGACGUCAAAAGACUGCAGAAGGAGACGAAGGCCUUUCUGAAGAAGAGGAAGUAGACACGGCGUCUGUCGCGGUCAGGCGGCUGUUUUUAUGUGCACACGUCAGUUUAACAGACUAAAUCACUGAAAUCUUCCAGGACGGAUUAACUUCUUCAAACUGAGCUCAGAACCAUCCUUCAGAUAGAUGAUCUGUUCCAGAUUCAAGCAGAAAUGUUCACCACAGGUUGUGUCAGUUAAAAUCUGUUCUUAAAGUUUUGAAGUCUUUGUAAUCUAAGUCAAAGAAAAGUCAGCGCUGCGAUGGAGAGAAGCAACAAACAGCCUCCUUCUGUCCAGAGGAUGCUGCAUGUCACAGAUCUCAGGUGAAGCAGAACCAAUCAGAGCUCUCAGGGCCAGAAUCAGAACCUGGGAGCCAGAAAAGGCCUCUGAUUUUUUUUAAUUUUUUUUUUUGGUUUAGUCAGAUCUCCAAACAGGAAGUGAUGAUCGGACACUUCAAAGUAAAACACCAGCAGCACUCUGAGCUCUUGGCACCUCAGUGUCAUCGCCGCGUCUGUUUACUCACGACCUGUUUUAAAGAUUUCUGUGUGUGUGUGUGUGUGCGCGCGUGUGUGCACGUGCGUGGAAAAAGCUGUCAGGUGUCUUAGCAGGUGUCGUCAUGGCAACGUCGAACCCAAGAACAGCACUGCGUUACAGUUCAGGCUGAUUGGACGCAGGUGCCUCUGAAUGAAGUUAAUUAACGCUGCGCUGUCAGCGGCUCGGGCUGAUUACAGGAGAUGGAAGAAGAGAGUUUGUCGUUUUGGGAUAAAAACAAGUAAUCGUGUGUUUUUGUAAAUCACUACAUGUGUGUUGGAUCAGUGUCCAGAGUGUAGCAGGAAAUGAAAACUGAUCUUCAUUCUUCUUGUAUUUUUUUUUUUUUUGUUUAGAUUUUAUGCCAGAUGAAGUCGCGUCUGUGUAAAUAUGUGAGUCUCUGUUAAUCUUCACUCUGUUUGUUGGAGUUUUUUCUUACGCUGUUUAAAUAAUAUCUUUCUAAUGAAAACGGAGCUCCUUGUCUUGAUUUUAUGUCCACCAAAACACAAUAUCACACAGAAUAUCAGGUUAAUCUCUUCAUUCAUCAGCUGUUAGAUUAUGUUUUUAAUACAUUUUAUCUCCAUGUAAUUAAUUCUUUCCUGGUUUUCUGACUUUGAAAAGUUGAAGAUUCUGAACAGGUCAACAAAUAAAAUGCAAUAAAGAAA